AUGAGCGCGCCGGCCGAGGGCAGGCACCUCCCUGCCGCCCGAGACUGCGGCGCGGCGGCGGCGGAGGCCGACCCCGCCCCGGGCCCCCCGGACGCGACCCCGGGCCGGGCCGAGGGGAUGGCGGACGCGGGUGAGGGCGGCGUGCAGACGGCCGCGGGGGGCGCCCCGGCCCGGAGCCCGGCUGGAGGCGCCCCGGCGCUCCGCGUUCGAGUGUUCGGGAGUCGCGGCCGCGGGGCGGGCAGAGCGGGCCCCCGAGAGCGCCUGCUGCCCGCGGAAGGCUCGGCCGCCGCCGGUGCCCAGGAGCACGGCUGUCCGCGGAGAGAGCCGCGGGGCCCUGCUGCGGAGAAAGCCCUAGAAGCCUGCGGCGCGGGGGCGUCGGGGGCGCAGGGGGCGCAGGGGGCGCCGGGGGCGAAGGCCAAGGAGCUGCCGGCCAAGUGCGCCGCGGAGGGGGAGGGAGCAGCCGCGGGGGCGGCGGAGGACGGGCAGGCGAUGCCCAAGGAGAAGGGGGCGGCGGGGACCCAGGAGGAGGCGCGGGCCAAGGCCCCGAAGGUCGGCAGCUGCAUGGACUCGCUGGAGGCCAUCGACCAGGAGCUGUCGAACGUCAACGCCCAGGCCGACCGGGCCUUCCUGCAGCUGGAGCGCAAGUUCGGCCGCAUGCGCAGGCUCCACAUGCAGCGCAGGAGCUUCAUCAUCCAGAACAUCCCGGGCUUCUGGGUCACGGCCUUCCGCAACCACCCGCAGCUGGCGCCCAUGAUCAGUGGCCAGGAUGAGGACAUGAUGAGGUACAUGAUCAAUCUGGAGGUGGAGGAGCUCAAGCACCCCAGGGCCGGCUGCAAGUUCAAGUUCAUCUUCCAGGGCAACCCCUACUUCCGCAACGAGGGGCUCGUCAAAGAGUACGAGCGCAGGUCCUCGGGCCGGGUCGUGUCCCUGGCCACGCCGAUCCGCUGGCACCGGGGCCAGGACCCCCAGGCUCACAUCCACAGGAACCGGGAAGGAAGCACCAUCCCCAGUUUCUUCAACUGGUUCUCGGACCACAGCCUCCUAGAAUUCGACAGGAUCGCGGAGAUCAUCAAGGCCGAGCUGUGGCCCAACCCCCUGCAGUACUACCUGAUGGGCGAGGGGCCGCGCCGGGGCAUCCGGGACCCCGCGAGGCAGCCGGCCGAGAGCCCCAGGUCCUUCCGGUUCCAGUCCGGCUAGCGGCGCCCCGGCCGCCCGCGCCCCGC